GAGAAAGAAAUGGAAAAGCAGAGAACUCUCUAUCAGCAAGCUCGCUUACAUGAUCGUGGAGCUGCGGAGAUGGUCCUUCAGAUGAUUAGUGCAAGCAAAGGACAUACAGGACCCAUGGUUGUUGAAACACUAAAACUUGGUAUUGCUAUUCUAAAUGGUGGGAAUACCAUAGUACAACAGAAAAUGCUAGACUACCUGAAGGAGAAAAAAGAUGCUGGAUUUUUUCAAAGUCUCUCUGGCUUGAUGCAGUCCUGCAGUGUUCUUGACUUGAAUGCAUUUGAGAGGCAAAAUAAAGCAGAAGGCCUGGGAAUGGUUACUGAAGAAGGAACUCUCAUCGUUCGUGAGCGUGGUGAAAAAGUAUUGCAGCAUGAUGAAUUUACUCGAGAUCUAUUUAGAUUUUUACAACUGCUCUGUGAAGGACACAACAAUGAUUUUCAAAAUUACCUGCGUACUCAGAUGGGCAACACGACAACAGUGAAUAUUAUCAUUAGUACAGUUGACUAUCUCUUGCGUCUUCAGGAAUCAAUCAGUGACUUCUACUGGUACUAUUCAGGAAAGGAUGUCAUUGAUGAAUCAGGACAACGUAACUUCUCUAAAGCUUUGGCUGUCACCAAACAGAUAUUCAAUUCCCUUACAGAAUAUAUCCAGGGCCCUUGCAUAGGUAACCAACAGAGUCUGGCUCAUAGUAGGCUGUGGGAUGCAGUUGUUGGCUUUCUUCAUGUCUUUGCCAAUAUGCAGAUGAAACUUUCACAGGACUCUGCUCAGAUUGAGUUGCUUAAAGAACUGCUAGAUCUGCUAAAGGACAUGGUAGUGAUGCUCUUGUCACUGCUUGAAGGUAACGUUGUAAAUGGAACUAUUGGAAAACAAAUGGUAGACACGCUUGUAGAAUCAUCUAGCAAUGUAGAAAUGAUUUUGAAGUUCUUUGACAUGUUCCUCAAGUUAAAAGAUCUGACUAACUCAGAUGCUUUCAAAGAGCAUGACCCAGAUGGUAAAGGCAUAAUUUCAAAGAAGGAAUUCCAGAAAUCAAUGGAAGCUCAAAAACAGUACAUACAGUCAGAGAUUGAAUUCCUGCUCUCCUGUGCAGAAACUGAUGAAAAUGAUAUGUUUAACUAUGUUGAUUUUGUGGAGAGAUUCCAUGAACCAGCCAAAGAUAUUGGAUUUAACGUAGCAGUAUUGCUAACAAACCUUUCAGAGCACAUGCCUAAUGAUUCACGCCUUCAGAGCUUACUUGAGCCUGCGGAAAGUGUUCUUAAUUACUUUGAACCAUACCUUGGCCGUAUUGAAAUAAUGGGUGGCGCCAAGAAAAUAGAAAGAGUUUACUUUGAAAUCAGUGAAUCCAGUAGAAUGCAGUGGGAGAAGCCACAGGUGAAGGAAUCCAAAAGGCAGUUCAUAUUCGAUGUUGUAAAUGAAGGUGGAGAGCAAGAAAAAAUGGAACUCUUUGUGAAUUUCUGUGAAGACACGAUCUUUGAAAUGCAGUUAGCAUCUCAGAUCUCUGAAAUGGAUUCAUCUGAGAGGCCUGAGGAAGAGGAAGAGGCAGAGCCCUGUUACGUUGUGGACAUUGGGGGUGAUGAGGAAGAAGAAAAGUCCCUGGAAUCUGCUUCAGCUUUUGCAUUGGCCUGUGUUGCAGUGAAGAAGAAUAUUGCCAACUUUUUAAAAAUCAUUACUGUGAAGAACCUAAGGAAACAAUACAGGAAAGUUAGAAAGAUGACAGUAAAAGAGAUGGUGAAAGUGUUAUUCUCCUUUUUCUGGAUUCUGUUUGUGGGGAUGUUCCAACUGUUCUUUUCCAUGGUGUGGGGAAUUUUCCAGUUUCUUUGGAGCACUGUAUUUGGAGGCGGCCUGGUUGAAGGAGCCAAAAACAUUAAAGUUACUAAAAUAUUAGGGGACAUGCCUGACCCGACACAGUUUGGAAUCCACGAUGAUGUUAUGGAAGCAGAAAAAGCUGAAGGUGCCGAGCAUGGCAUCAGAGCUGAACUUGUGCAGUUUGUGAAGGGUGAAAAGGGAGAAGCUGACAUAAUCUCAGACAUUUUUGGUAUUCAUACAAAGAAAGAUGGUGGCUCAAAACAUGGUCAUGAAGCUGGACUUGGAGAUAUUGCAGAAAUCCUUGGUACAGACAUCCAGUCAUCUUUGGAAAACACAGCUCGUAAGAAAAAAGGCUUCCAGGUGCAAGAGAUAGACAUCCAGUUAAAAUACUUUCUGCAGAUUUCUGAUAUUGCAAAAGCCGAAUCAGAAAGAAAAGCAGAAGCUGAGAAGGCUGACAUGGAAGAUGGUGAGAAACAAGAUAAAGCAAAGGAAGUACAAUCUGAGCAGCUAGAGGAGGAAAAAAUAAAGAAAAAGAAGAGAAGGCAUGGACAAAAAAUUGAGAAACCAGAGGCUGUUAUGGCUAACUUCUUCAAAGCUUUGGAAAUCUAUCAAACAAAAAUGCUUCACUACUUGGCAAGAAAUUUUUAUAACUUAAGGUUUCUUGCUCUAUUUGUUGCAUUUGCCAUCAACUUUAUUCUUCUAUUUUACAAG